AUUUCUGUUUUACAGGGGUGUGGACGUGAGCUGCGUCGAUGGUCUUUAAAAGCUGGGUAUGAUACAAUCAUUGAUAGGGACAUUGUCUUGUGUAAUAGUGAUAUAUUUUACGAGAGAAUCUCUAGAGAUUGGCCAGAUCGAUUUGUCAUGGUUGAGCCAUUUGUUGUGUGUGGCAAGUGUCUCAUAGCGCCUGAUGAUGGCCUCGUAUGUCUUCUUGGUGGGGUUUGGGAUGUUGAGGAGUGA